AUGCACCACAGCACUGAAAAACAAGCACUGUUUGCUAACGAAGCCGAAAAUUGGGCGUACAGUGUUAUGUCAGAUGCGGGCUCAUCUCUGUCGGGAUUUGAGUACACCAUCGACAAAACAUGGGAUGGCCUUCCCGUAGAUCACGAUCCCAUUCAUGUAAAGAUGAAGUGGCACUUUGCCAAGCAAAGGGGAAAACCACAUAAAAGAGUAAUAAGGGUCAGCUUUGAGGCUCCUCUUUUCGAUGAUCCUGAGCCACCAGAUCCUCCAGGAAUCUUACCUGGGCUUUGGGAUUAUGAAGUCGUCGAGUUCUUCUUCGCAAACAAUCGCGAUCAGUAUAUCGAAGUCGAAGAUGGCGUUAAGUGUUCAGGAGAAGAGUUGGAACUCGAGGUGACCAACAAGUUUGUUGGAAACAUGUGGAAAUGUGAAUUUGAACUACCGCUGGCGUAUCUACCUGGAAACAUAACCAAAUUCAACUCAUUUGCGAUUCACGGCACUGGAAGCGAACGGGUUUACGAGGCGUUGAAUCCUGUAACCGAUGGGAACUUUAAGAAGCAUCUCUACAACAAUCCUCCUGCUCCAAAUCAUACUGCUGGCGCGACUCCAAAGCUCUACGAUUACGAAGUGCUGGAAAUCUUCAUUGCAAAUGACAACGACCAGUACGUGGAGGUCGAACUGGGACCACAUCAGCAAUGGCUUUGCCUUUUCCUCGAUGGUGAACGAAACAGCUUCAAUGAGGGUGAAUAUCUUCAGCUGUCCGUGUGGAAUCGAAUUGAUGGCAACAAAUGGAUCGGUGAAGCAGACAUACCACUCGCAUACCUUCCAGCCAAUGUGUCUCGAAUAAACGCCUAUGAGAUACACAGAGAGAACGACACGAUGGUGUACGAGGCGAUGAAUCCCACUCCUUACGGAAAAUACAAGGGACCGGACUUUCAUCGCCUCGCCUACUUCUCAAGUUUUGAUCCAUUGCUCAUCAUUGCCAAAGAGUACUUUGACGAGUUUCGGCCAUAUCUGGACAGU